AUGGACGUUGACGAAAUAUCAACAAUAACUAUUAACACAGACUAUGCCAAAAAGUAUGAAGAAAGAAAAAGAAAUGAAGAGUUGUCAAAACUUAAAGAAAAAUAUGGAGAUGUUAAUUUUGAUUCUAGCGAAGACGAAGAGUCAACUUCAGAAGAGGAGGAUGAGUUCGGCGAGUUAAUAACUCCCGAAGUAGACGCACAAAUCAUGAAGACGAUUGCAGCUAUAAGAUCUAAAGACCCAAAAUUAUAUGAUUCACAAUCAAACUUUUUUGCAGAUGAAGAAGUUCAAAAGGCUCGACAACGUUGGACAUAUAAAAAGCAAGAGAAGAAGAGUGAAGGAAAACCCGUGCAUUUAAAAGAUUAUCAUCGACAAUUACUAUUAGAAAAUGGCGGUGUAAUUGAUGAAACAGAUAAUAAGUCCGAAACAACCAUAAACUUGAAAGAUCGAAAUCGUCAAAAUGACGAUAUGAGUAAUGAGGAAAAUCAAAAAGUUGAUAAACCAGAAAAAAAGAAAGUUUGGCUAACAACACUUGAUGAAGAACAAAAGCUUAAAAAUGAAUUUAAUGCCGCUGUUUCUGAAUUUGGAUUCGCUACGGAAGUAGAAGAUAAUGAUGACUUUCUGGUUCAAC